AUGAAUUAUCACCAGCAACAAUCACCCUACUGGCCACAACCCAAUGCAGGUCAUUACGGCUACCCCAUCAUUGUUACAUCAUCCGGCACGCCAACAUCACCACACUUUAUUCCACAGAAUCAAUACCCACAACCUCCUCCACAGCCACAAUACUUGUAUGCACCUGUUUAUUACUACUCGAAUACGACGCCUCAACAACAACCAAUGAUGGCACCAUCAUCAUCAUCCGAUUCUUCUUAUCGACGUCCUCGUAGUAGUCAUCGUAUGUCUACUAUCAGCACUACGAGCAGCAGCCACAGUAAUAAUAGCAAUGGGAGAAAACCACGACGACCAAUGUCUGUGCAAGCACCAAUGCCACCACAGCAAUACCGUAUGGCAUCGAUUGCCGAGGAAAAAGAAAUACAUCAGCAACAAAAACAACGUGCAUCAUCCGCACUUUGUGUAACGCCAAGCGAUAAAGACGAAGAAGUCCCGCUCGCCAUGCUCGCUUACAGAAAAGGAUACCCUCCGUAUCAGCGACGUUCCACAACCACCACCACAACACAUCAUCGUCAUCAUCAUCAUCCAGUAGCACCUUGUAAUUAUUCAGCACCGCCGCAACCCAGCAACAUGUCGAUCCGAUCUGCUCCAGCAACCACUCCACGACCCCAAUCCUAUCAUCCUCGUCGCAGUGUUAGAAUGGAGCAAAGUCAUAGUGCAAGCACGCGUACAACAUCCAAUAACAGUAGUCGUCGUCCAUCUCUUGUGAGUGACCAUCCUUACUCCAAUUCCACAGCUACAAGUGUCACCAGCAGUAGCGAACCUUCAUCAUCCUAUUCCGCAGCACCAGCCACACCUUCUUCUGUGUCACGACGACCAUCGGUUGCUAAACGAUGGAUCAACCGCUUCACCCGCUCGCUUAAAUCAUGA